CUCCUCCUCCUCAUCCUCUGCAGCCUUCUCGGCUCCACCAACGCCCAAUUCUUCAAUUUCGGCAACAUGUUCAAUCAAGGCCACCAACAACAGCAAUACCAAGAACCUCAAAACGUCGCGAGUGAUUCGGAAUGGUAUCAACAAAACUACGAAGCUGCCCGCUGCGAUCGGUACCUCUGCCCUCACACAUUAUCCUGCGUGCAUUUCCCACACCAUUGUCCGUGCGCGUUCCCGGCACAAGAGGAUAAGAUUGAGUUUGGAGAGGGGAGUAUGGCGUGUGUGAGUAAAGGGGGGUUUAAAGAGAAUGAGGCUUUGAGGAAGAUUGAGUUGGCAAGGAAGGGGUUGUUGUGA